GCGCGCGAGCGAGCGCAAGGUCACACGGUGCGCCGUUCCGCCGUUCCGCGCCCCGCUAGCGCUGCUGCAGCUGCCGUCGUCCUCCGCGCACCGCACACUGUCGCACAGCCAUGGCCGACAGCGCGAGCGAGAGCGACACCGACGGAGCGGGCAGCAGCUCGGCCACCCCGAUGUCGUCCUCCGCUUCGAAUUCGGGGAAACCGAGCGUGGUCAUUUCGCAGUUUCGUCUGGAGGAACUGACGAACCGCCUGGCCUCCUUGCAGCAGGAGAAUAAAGUUCUUAAAAUUGAGCUGGAGACGUUCAAACUCAAGUGCAAAGCCCUGCAGGAGGAGAAUCGGGACCUCCGCAAGGCUAGCGUCACCAUUCAAGCGAGAGCAGAGCAGGAAGAGGAAUUUAUCAGCAACACCUUGUUCAAGAAGAUCCAGGCCCUGCAGAAGGAGAAGGAGACUUUGGCGGUCAACUAUGAGAAGGAGGAGGAAUUUCUCACCAAUGAACUGUCAAGGAAACUCAUGCACCUCCAGCAUGAGAAGGCCGAGUUGGAGCAGCACUUGGAGCAGGAGCAAGAGUUCCAGGUUAACAAGCUCAUGAAAAAGAUCAAAAAGAUGGAGAACGAAACCAUCUCAAAGCAGCUAACCCUGGAACAGUUGAGGCGGGAGAAGAUCGAUCUCGAGAACACGCUAGAGCAGGAGCAAGAAGCCCUGGUCAACCGGCUGUGGAAACGGAUGGACAAGCUGGAGGCUGAGAAGAGAAUCCUGCAAGAGAAACUGGACCAGCCCGUGUCAGCUCCUCCCUCCCCAAGAGACGUUUCCAUGGAGAUAGACUCACCAGAGAACAUGAUGCGGCAUAUCCGCUUCCUGAAGAACGAAGUGGAGAGACUUAAGAAAAGCUUGCGCACCACCGAGCUGCAACACACAGAGAAGCGUGCCCAGUACAUAGAGGAGGAGCGACACAUGAGGGAGGAGAACGUCCGGCUGCAGAGAAAACUCCAGAGAGAAAUGGAGCGCCGGGAGGCCCUGUGCAGACAACUGUCCGAGAGUGAAUCCAGUCUGGAGAUGGACGAUGAGAGGUACUUCAACGAGAUGUCGGCACAGGGCUUGCGAGCGAGGACCGUGUCGAGCCCCAUCCCCUACACCCCGUCCCCCAGCUCCAGCCGCCCCAUAUCUCCGGGUCUCUCGUAUGGCAGCCACACGGUCGGCUUCACUCCUCCAGCCACCCUGUCCAGAGCUGCGAUCUCCCACUACAACGCCCCCGCCCUGCACGUCCACGGAAGCGCAUCUCAUGCCGUAGCUAGGCCCUCGCCAAGAAGAAGCACCAGUCCCGACAAAUUCAAACGGCCAACGCCCCCGCCAUCCCCCAACACGCACUCUGGGGCCCAGCAGGCUCAGCCCCCGCUUCCCCCACCGGCUCAGCCCAUGGUGCAGUCCAUGUCCUCCCCGGCAGCCAUGUCGCAGCACGCGGCUCAGCAGCCCCCCUCCCAGCCUUAAGGCAACACGCCGGCUCUUGUCUUUUUACGUGGGAGCGCGCGCUGCCCCCCCCCCCUCCCCACCCCCCCCAUUGCCGAACGCCACCACGCUGGCGCAACGGAUGCUUCCAUCAUCACCGGCUCCGAAAGUCCAGUUUCUUACUCUUUACCAACUCCACUCAAGAAGCAGCUUCAAACGCCUCAGAGGGGGGAAAGAAACGAGGCGGUGACCCCCCCACCCCCCCCCUCUCACCGCCCCUCUCCCCCACCCCGGUGCAGCCAGCAAUCUGCCAAAUCCGUUGACUCUACUCUUAAGAAGGAAUGGAUGGACUGAAACAUAAUCACUUCUGGGAUGUGUAGGCCAAUUAUCUGUUCCACAUUCUGUCUUGUACAUGACGAUUUUUUGUUGUUGUUGUUUUUUGUUUUUUUUUGCCUGGGACUUUAGCUGGUUGAAAUUGAUGUUGUGGCGCUUCUGAGAUAGCACAAACAGCACAUAAAGUAUGUUUCAUGGUGGCGUUUCCCCGAUGGGUUGGAUGUCUUGGAUCGACGGACUGAUGGAUGUUUGGCUAGAGAGACGGAUGGAUGUGGUUGAUUCUUUUGAUGCCUAUAAUGACACUGGAUUGCAGUAAUGUACUCCACUCCGGCUUACCCCGCCCACCCCCUCUGUCUCUGCAAUAGUGUCUACAACCCCCCCCCCCCCCCCCCCCCCCCCUCCAAUGCCGAGCUUAAUGCAGCUGACUAGGUUAACAAGAGGUGUCAUAGAAGCCUCGCUGAUUCCUCCAUCAUAGGGCAUUGAUCAAACCGAGCUUGUGCCACAAUUCUUUAGUUUCUGGGAGCAUUUACGGCUCUGCUGACUCUUCAGUUAUAAAGAAAAGGAAGAAAAAGAAAACUCAUCCAGGAGGAUGGACACUGGUACAUAAAACCACAGAUAAAUGUCGCCUUUUGAGGUGUUUAAAAAUGUAGUCUGAGGUGUUGCAGCGUAGUCGUGUACUCAGUCUUCUGCUCUUCUCUCUCUCUCUCUCUUUCUCUCUGGUGUUUUUCUGACAGCUUCUAUCAUCCUUGUGGAUAUUCCUCAUCAGAAAAAGGAAAAAAAUAAAAAAAUCAAUGCUCUUUACACUAAAUAUACAUACUGCUAAAACAUUCUAAAUGAAUGGUACUGUUGAACUGAAUUUCUAUGUAUGAUUAAAGCUCUUGAGAAGA